GAGAGAGCACCCUCAUACACAAAAACAAACAAGAGAGGUUGAAGGGACACACAAAAAAAACGAGGACAAAAAAAAAGGUCACAUUUCUCAGACACCUGAAAACGUGCUGGUUACUGUAGGACGCGUGUUGCUUAUUGAUGGGUGGGGAGUGUUGAAACUAUUUCCACACUUGAGUCUUUGCGUAGGUUUCAGGGUGACUACACUGGCACGCAGCUGACCGCUUUGGGACGUUUUUAUUUUAGAGAAGCCCUGUUUGUGCUCCAGUGGUAGCUUGCCGUAGCCUGGCACCAGAAGGUGAACAGACGCAGAGUUGCGCAUCCCUCCUGAACCUAUCCGCAUUCACGCACCUUGGAGAGGAAUUGGACCAGUUUCAUCCAACUAGUUUUGCUCUAAUUUCUCUUGCUUUUUUUCCGGAUUGAUAGGACCCCCCAAUGCACUGUGCUCACUCCUGCUGGUCUGAUCUUUGGGAUACACUCUCUAUGCCUUGGCAGUUCAUGACUCUUUCACCUAUAUCAACGAAACUCCUCAUUGAUACGCAGAGGCAGCAACGCCAGAAUUAAAACACCAAAUAACAACAAGCAAACGAUUACAACAGCAGCAAACAACUGAUAAAACAUGGAGAACAGCCCCGGUGGUGUUAUCUUGUACGCUGGCUCAUCUGGCAGUGCCAGUCCGAGUCCUGGCAGUCCUUCAAGUGGAUACCAGACCCAGUCACCUUCCUCCCACUCUCAGCCCUCAUCACCUGAGGGUGUCUCCUUUCAGGAGAUUGGGGCCCUCAAAAACAGGGGGGAGCAAAGAGGAGGAACUCCCCCAUCACCCAAAAUGGUCUUCCAGUUUCCUGAGGUGAACAGUGCACCAGUUUCCCAAAUGACAACAGUGUCACCUGCCACCUACAACCAUCCCAUCGUGGCCAAAAGACCUUGUGGUUUUACCGGCACAUUCACCAAGACGGGAGGGAUGGUGCUUCUGUGUAAGGUGUGUGGUGACAUCGCAUCUGGGUUCCAUUACGGUGUACACGCCUGUGAGGGCUGUAAGGGUUUCUUCAGACGCAGCAUCCAGCAGAAUAUCCACUACAAGAUGUGUGUAAAGAAUGAAAACUGUCUCAUCAUGCGCAUGAACCGAAACCGCUGCCAGCACUGCCGCUUUAAGAAGUGUCUCUCCGUGGGCAUGUCCAGAGAUGCUGUGCGUUUUGGGCGUAUUCCCAAACGAGAGAAGCAGAGACUACUGGACGAGAUGCAGAGCUACAUGAACAGUCUCAAUGAAUCAGCUUCCAUGGAAAUUGAGGCUUCACCUCCUCCUGAGGCCCCCUGCAGCCCAGAGAACCAGCCAAAUGAAGGAGCGGGCUCGAUAUCACAGUCCUACCGCAACAACUUUGUGAAUGAUGAACAGAAACCCCUUAAGAUGGCUGCCAGCAACAACAACCUUGCUCCUUCCUCUUUCCAAAACAGUGUAGGACAGGAACCUGCCCUCUCACACUCGACAUCCCAGCAGCAGGCCCAGCACCAGCCCCAUUGUAGUCCCCCUCAUGGGGGUCAGUCAAAUCUGACAUCCAGCUACCAUGUCGCCACCCACUGCCCUGUUGGCUCCAACAACAACAACAACAACAUCCCCUCAAGCACUGACAAUGCCAAGUACACCUACUCCUCUAGUCAGUCAAGUCAAUGCCCCAUGAAUGGAAGCCCAUCAUCUCAGUCCUACCCAACCAAUCAGAACAGUUUCCCAGCCUGUGACUCCCAGAACCAAAAUGCCUGUCCUUGGAAGCUGAAUGGAGGAGCCAAAGUGCUGGCUUGUCCAUUGAACGCCUGUCCUGUGGCCCCAGCCAGCCGCUCCAGUCAGGAAGUGUGGGAGUCUUUCUCCCAGUGCUUCACGCCUGCUGUCAAAGAGGUGGUGGAGUUUGCCAAGAGCAUCCCAGGGUUCCAGAGUCUCAGCCAGCAUGACCAGGUCAUGCUGCUCAAAUCUGGCACUUUCCAGGUUUUGAUGGUGAGGUUCUGCUCACUGUUUGACCCCAAAGAGAGGACCGUGACCUUCCUCAACGGGCAAACAUACUCGCUGGCGUCCCUGAGGGCUCUUGGCAUGGGCUCCUUACUGGACGCCAUGUUUGACUUCAGCGAGAAGCUAGGGUCAUUGGGUCUGGAGCCAGAUGAGAUGGCCCUUUUCAUGGCUGUUGUGCUGGUGUCUGCUGACCGCUCUGGAAUAGUGGAAGUGGGAGCAGUGGAGCAGUUGCAGGAGAAUCUGAUAAAAGCUUUGCGCUCCCUUAUCACGCGGCGUCGUCCUGAUGACAGCGCCCUCUUCCCCAAGUUGCUCCUGCGUCUGCCCGACCUGCGCACCCUGAACAACCAACAUUCAGAUAAACUGUUGGCAUUCCGCAUUGAUCCUUGAGCUCCAAGAGCCAAGCUGAAGAGCCAAAACGUACUGAGGCAUCUUCAUGAGGAACCUCCCUGCUCCUCACACCACACAAUCCCAGCCUGCGACAGUCACUGGCCUCUGCAUGAUGGACAGCUGUUGUGGCAGCUGUAUGAAGUCUGAUGCCCUAGUUGAGUGGACUGAGAAAAAUAUCAGUGGAGGGUAUCGGUACAGCACGGGGGUAGAGGCUCCUGAACUAGCUGGAACUUGUGAACAGUUCCCUCCAAUUGCUUCCAGGACUGCUGAAAACUGUUAAACUGUUCCAUCAAACCACUUUCACUACUAAGUCAUCACCUCUCCCUCCCAGUGAUCGUCAGCCACCGUGACUGUUACGAAGACCAAAAAGGAGAGAGCGCCUCGUGCUCCUCUCUGAUUCCUCACUUUGUUCUCCUAUCCCAGCACGCGCAGUCACACACAACUAACAAGAAGAAACCACAUUCUCUUCCCCAGAAAAAAGGGAAUAUGUAUUCAUUCAUCCACCAACAAUGAUAUCUUACUAUACAUUCAUGCUAGAAAACUGAAAAGCACUUUCCAUUCAUCAAAGAACCUCUGAAAUCAAUAUAUAAUAUAGCAAUAGAAAUGUCUAAGGGGACAGUUUGUGUAUGCACUGUUGAAAUGAUCUAAGCUAUUUUCAAACCAUGUCAUUGUGUUGGAGAUGUUUAUGAAAAUCACCCAUUUGGGAUUACUGAGGUUAUGUAUAACAUUUUUAAGAACCGAGAGUAAGGUGCAUUGUAUUUGUAUGCAGUUAUCAGGGAGAAAUUAUUGGUCAUUUUAGACCAUGUUUGAUGGGUUAUGUAUUAAGGUAUUGUAAAUUUUGUACAUAAGCUUUAUGCUUGGUUCUUACUCUGUUAGUUUGCAGAUUCUUGGACAUAUAAAUGAAGUUAGCAUUGGAUUACUGUAUGAAGUCAACAUCAUUGACGACACAUAGUAGAAUGCUCUGCUGACUGCAAAAAGAAAGCAGCAUUUGAACCACUGCUCCAAGUAUAAACUUUUUAUUUGAGACUAUAUAAUUGAGAUAAAUGUAUUGUCAUAUGAUUGCAUCACCUUGUGAAUAUUUUGUAAAUGUUUUAUGGUAUACCGUAGAGUAUCAUUAUUAAACAACAUUAUAUAGCGA